AUGAGCAACGAAUACAAAACGAUUCUGCUCGUCAAGCAAAAGACAAAUAUCCUGGUUCCUAGCGUUCAUGCCAUGGAGCUCAGUCCCGAGAACGCAGUAAACGCGCAUUUUAUGUUAAUGGACUUCUUGAGGGGCAAUGGCGGCAUGGAUAUUGGUAUGGAGAUUCUGAAUGGCAACAAAAACCACGUCUUUGGGAAAAUAGCGGAAAGCUAG